AUGAGAUUCUCUCUGCUAUUAUCUCUGAUUGCGUUGAUCACAUCAGCCCUAUCUGGAGUACUAGCACAAUAUGGUGCCCCAGUCAGUGUUUCCUCCUUAUCAGCGGCCACUCUAGCUGAUGCCACUGGUACUUCAACUGCAUCCAAAGGCUCUGCUAGUGGAGCAACUGGUUCCGGCAGUGCUACUGCCAAACCUCCUAAGAAAGGCAGACCACCUACUGAGGUUAUUGGCAGUGCCUGUUAUGUUGCCGCUGCCAGGUUCAACUUUGGAUGUCCUGUCCCAAUAGCUGCAAAGGUAUCUGCGCAAGUUCCCAAAUGUCUUUGCAAGAACCUUCCAUAUAUUGAAACUGUGGUUGGUUGUAUCAAUGACCAUUCUGCACACAAUAAGACACUGCAGAAAAAGGCUUUCAAGACCAUGCAGACUUUAUGUGUCCAAUCCAACUAUGAUUACCUCAAUAUUUCCAAAAGUCUUCCAUCUCGUGAUGUUCUUGCAGAUGACAAAGAUUUCACUUCCAUCCACAAGUCUCCAUUUGUUGUUCCUCAGUCAGUGUACAACCACGAAAUCACCCUUAUCAAUCAGCCUACAACUGAUAAGAAGAGGGAUGCCUUCUUCGCAGCUGCUGUCUUGAUCUACUGGGGUGGUGUUUUCCUUCUUCGUGCAUUGACAAAUUUCUGCUUCUAUGUUUUCCCUAGGAUCCUCCUCAAGACUAAUAUUCACUUCUUCAAGCAUAUUAGACAGAAAUUCCUACUACCAGCUGCCGGUUCCUAUCACCAUUCCAAGCCUAAAGCUGCUGGAAGCUUUACCUUCUCAAUUCCUCUCCGUUCAGAAGCCCUUGUCAUACUUGGAUACAUUAUCCUUAAUUAUAUCCUUUGUUUUUCAAAGAAUGAUUAUUAUAAUGACAACUUCUACAAUCCCAGUGAGCAAACUCAGUUUAGCAAAGAACUCGGUAAUAGAUCUGGUCAAUUGGUUGUCUCUCAGCUAAUGUUGUCUGUGUUGUUUGGUGGUAGGAACAAUUUUCUCAUUUGGAUUACCGGCUGGCCAUUAAGCACGUUUAAUGUCUUCCACAAAUGGGUCUCGAGAGUCGUAUUUGUGAAUCUUGUUGUUCAUGGAAUUGCAAUGUCUAUUAGUGUUGCUGGUCCAGCUUAUUACACUCAUUGGCAGUCUCCUUAUUUUGUUUGGGGAGUUGCAGCAGUUAUCCUCAUUUCCAUCAUGAUUGUGCAAUCUAUGCACUAUUUCAGAGCAAAGAGUUACGAGAUCUUCUUGGUUGUGCACAUUGUUCUGGCCGCAGUUGCGUUGGGAGGCGCAUGGCUUCAUGUUAAACAUCCUAGUACAGGCUUACCAUAUGUCUAUACCACCGUUGCAAUUUGGGGUUUUGAUAGACUUUUGAGAUGGGUGCGUAUCAUUUGGUCCGGCCCAACUUCAAAGGCACAGGUGACCUUGCACGAAGGAAAUGUCAUCGAGUACAAGAUAGACUACUCCAGACGCUGGAAGUAUUAUCCAGGAAGUUACGCCUUUAUCCAUGUACUCCGUCCCAACUGUUUUUGGCAAUCACACCCCUUUACUCUUACCAUCUCUCCUAAGCAAGAAGAAGAAGGCAAAUUAGUUCUGUUCACCAGAGUAAAGAAAGGAUUCACCCAGAAGACUAGAGAUUAUCUUCUCACACAACCCAAUCACACUGCCCGUUUACCUGUCUUGCUUGAGGGUCCAUAUGGCCACCACCAUCCAGUUCAACACUACGAAACUGUGGUUUUGGUAGCCGGAGGUAUCGGAAUUACAGGCGUAUAUCCUUAUGCUGAUGAGCUCAUUCGUAAAACUGGUAAGAACCAAAAGAUUGUCUUCGUCUGGGCCAUAGCUGAUGAACGCCCAUUAGAAUGGUUUGCUGAUCAGUUAGACCAUUUGGCCUCUGACUCCAGAGUCGACGUAAAGAUUCAUAUCGGUAAUCUUGAGUCUUCAUCAUCAAGUAUCGUUGAAAUCGCCGAGUCUCCCAAUCCACAAGAUAAGGAAAAAGAUGUCAGUGAGACCACAAGACAAGCCUCAUCACUUCCCAGCAUUAUUCCCAGAGUAUGUGGAAGACCAAACAUGCAUUCAAUCGUUAACCAAACUGUUUCGGAGGCUGGUAAUUCUAUUGCUUUCGUAUGUUGUGGACCUCAUGAGAUGAAUGACGACGUUAGGAAAGCCAUUACGGACAAGCUGGUGGACAGCCCAGUUAGAAUCGAUUACUUCGAAGAAUCUUUCGGAUGGUAA